AUGUGGGCCUGGCGACAGGGCUGGGCGGUCACCGCAGGCCUGACCGUCCGCGUGACCCAGGAGCGCACGCAGCUCGCGAACCGCGCCAUCGCGCUGCAGCGGCUGCGCGCCAAGCUGCUGGUUGUGCUGGAGGAGCAGCGGGCCGCUGCGCUGGCGGAGCUCAAGGGGGACAUAGUCAAGGCGGAGUGGGGGCAGCAGAUACGCAACUACGUGCUGCACCCAUACAAGCUGGCCAAGGACACCCGAACCGGCCAUGAGACCGCCGACGUCGGCGCGGUGCUUGACGGCGGCUUGGAGCCGUUCAUGACCGCGUGGCUGCGGCACAGGGGACGGAAAGCAGCGGAGGAGCGGCUCUCUGCUGUGUCUUGA